UCCAAUUUUUUUCAAACAAAAAUCUUUAAACCCAUCAUAAUCAUGCAAUGGUUUCAUCCGAUAUCAACAUUUUCAAUUGUGAUUAUCGUUGUAUUAUGUAUUGUUGUUGAUGUUCAAUGCGGCAGCGGCAGUGGUGGUCGUGGUCGCAAUAAUAGAUCUCGUCGUAAAAAUGGCCGAAAUUCCAAAAAUCGAAAUAAUGGAUUAUAUGCGGCUGCCAGUAGUGCCGGUAGUGGAUCUUAUGGGGGUGGUGGAUACGCAGGAGGAGGUGGUGGUGGCAUUAGUGGUGGUAAUAAUGGUGGUGGCGGUGAUUAUACCGAUGGACAAAUUCGUGAAGAUUAUAGCGGUGGUGGUUCACGUAGAGGUGGUGGUACAAUAAAUGCAGCUGUUUUUUCCAAACAAUCAUUCGAAACAAAACCAGUUGAAACACCAUACGAAUCAAUGGAACCACAAAUUAUUGUUGUUGAAGGUGGUGAUUUACCUGUAGAAAUUAUUUUCAAAUCAUCAUCAAGUCGUGUUAAGGUACAUCAAGAACAUCAAAUGUCUGGUGUUAAUAUGCCUGAAUAUGAUCAAUAUGAAGAAGAACCACAUCGAUUAAUAACCGAAGUUCGAAAACCAAUUAUUCAGGAAGUAAGAGAGAUUAUAACACCAUAUAGAAGAGUUAUUCAAGAAAUUGAACCGGUAAGAGAAGAAAUUCAUACGGUCGUUUCACAAGGAGAAGGACGAUCACAAAAUAGUGGGACUUAUUCGGAUUCUGGUGGUGGAGGAUAUGGAAAUAUGGGCGGUGGACAACAAAACAGCUAUGGUGGUAAUAAUAGCAAAGGAAACGGUGGUGGUGCUGGUGGCUAUAGUGCAGGAAGAAAUAUGGGAAGUGGUUACGGUAGUUCAGGAAACAUUGGCGGUGGAAAUAGCCGUUCCAGUUACGGUACUACAGGAGGAAAUAUGGCCAGUGGACAUAGUGGCGGUGGUAAUUAUGGUUCUACAGGAGGAAAUAUGGCCAAUGGUUAUGGUACUAACAAUAUGAUGGGUGGUUUUAUGAUGAAUGGAUUUGGUGUUCAACAGCAGCAGCAGCAAAAAAUUUAUAGAAAAAAAUGAUUGUAAAUUUGUCAAAAAAAUU